AUGAACACUAAAGAGUGGUAUUUUGGUGACGCUAACUCUGAUAAUUAUGACGAAAGAAGUGACGAAGACUUCAAUCCUUGUGAAGACCAAGUUCCAAUGGACACAAGUGCUUCCUCAGAAAGUGAAACUGAAGAAGAAAAUGAACAAGAAAUCGAAGAAAAUGGUGAAGCUUCAAAUGAUGUUAAUGAUGAAAAUACCAUAAUCGAAAAUCAUGUACAACAAAAUAAUAAUCAUCGAAUAUCUAAGAAAAACGGUGACACUAAAAUAAGUCAAAGGACAAGAAGUCGUCUCCGAGCUGUUCGUGCUGAAAAUAAUGGCGUAAACCGAUCUAUUAAUGAUGGUGAUGAAGUAUAUAGUAACGGUAUAAAUGGAAGUCUUGAUGAAGAUUCCGCAAAUGAUGUAAAUGGAGGUGGAGAUUAUGAACACGAUAUACAUUCACCUAACGGUGAUAUUAUGAAUGGAAGUAGUGGCAGCACGAAUGGCAUAAAUGGGAAUGGAUCACGUCUCUCGCAAUCUCGCCGGGUCCCGUUAAGUCCUGGACAAGAUAGAUUCAGUAAUCCUCGACAAAAUAAUCAGUAUUUUCCGUAUUUUCCGCAAGAACACAAAUUAAAGCGGCUUGACGUUCCUUUCUCGAUCUUCUCGGGUGAAUUUAACAGUUACCAUGAAGAUCUCGAGUCAGAGUUUAAAGAUCUCGAGAUUAAGGAACGUAGGCUAAAUUCCAAGAAAUCAGAGAAAGCUUCACAGGCCUCGGAGGCCAAGAAGCUUUCAGAAGAAAAGAAGGUCGAAUUGAAGAAGAUAAUGGAUCGUAACAAGGACUUGCGAGACCAGGUAGAAGAUCUGCACGGGGUCCUAAUGGACGUUUUAACGGACCUCGUGCAGAGUGAUGAUGACGACGCCAGUCAGUUGAACCCGCUUACAAUCGGCCCCCUUAUUCUUGAAUUGGCGCGUCGACUGGCUAGUCAAAAACUUUAA